GCUGGCCCAGCCUGGCCCUCAGCACACCCAGCUGGGACCCUCCCAGAGCCUCCUCCGGGGACACGUCCUCUCUGCCCCUCCCUCUCCCGAGCAGCACCAUGCAGCCCCUCUGGCUCUGCUGGGCGCUCUGGGCGCUGCCCCUGGCCGGCCCCGGGGCAGCCCUGACCGAGGAGCGGGUCCUGGGCAGCCUGCUGCGGCAGCUGCGCCUCAGCGAGGCUCCCGUCCUGGACGAGGCCGAUGUGGAGAGGCUGAUCAUCCCUGCCCACGUGAGGGCCCAGUACGUGGCCCUGCUGCAGCGCAGCCACGGGGCCCGCUCCCGGGGGAAGAGGUUCAGCCAGAACUUCCGAGAGGUGGCCGGCAGGUUCCUGGUGUCCGAGGCCUCCUCGCACCUGCUGGUGUUCGACAUGGAGCAGCGGCUGCCGCCCCACAGCGAGCUGGUGCAGGCCGUGCUGCGCCUCUUCCAGGAGCCGGUCCCCAAGGCCGCGCUCCGCAGCCACGAGCGGCUCUUCCCGCGCAGCGACCGCGCCCGGGUCACCGUCCAGUGGCUGCACGUCCGCGACGACGGUUCCAACCGCACCUCCCUCAUCGACUCCAGGCUGGUGUCCAUCCACGAGAGCGGCUGGAAGGCCUUGGACGUGACGGAUGCCGUGAACUUCUGGCAGCAGCUGCGCCGGCCCCGGCAGCCGCUGCUGCUGCAGGUGUCGGUGCAGCGGGGGCACCUGGGCCCGCUGGCCUCCAGCGCCCACAGGCUGGUCCGCUUCGCCUCGCAGGGGCCGUCGGGCGCCGGGCAGCGGGAGCCCCAGCUGGAGCUGCACACCCUGGACCUCAGGGAUUACGGAGCUCAGGGAAACUGUGAUCCUAAGGCACCAGUGACCGAGGGCACCCGCUGCUGCCGCCGGGAGGUGUACAUUGACCUGCAGGGGAUGAAGUGGGCUGAGAACUGGGUCCUGGAGCCCCCAGGCUUCCUGGCCUAUGAGUGUGGGGGCACCUGCCAGCAGCCCCCAGAGCCCCUGACCUUCAAGUGGCCAUUUCUGGGGCCGAGGCAGUGCAUCGCCUCAGAGACGACCUCGCUGCCCAUGAUUGUCAGCAUCCCGGAGGGAGGCAAGCCCAGGCCCCAGGUGGUCAGCUUGCCCAACAUGAGGGUGCAGAAGUGCAGCUGUGCCUCGGAUGGGGCGCCUGUACCGAGGAAGCUGGAGCCGUAGGCACGGGGUGUAGCCAUCGAGGGACUUGGCUUGUGUGUGUGUGUCAGAAGUGUUCCAGGGCACCAGGAGAGAUGGGGAUUACUGAACAGUGGAUGGCACAUGCUCUGUGCUCUCUCCUGAGUUCUUCGGACGAGUCAGCUCACCUUCUGAUUUUUGUUUCCCAGGAACAAGACUCCCUGGCCACUGGGUAAUCCGUGCCCAGUCUACCUUUUCUUGACAUUAUUCACUGCACUGUAUCCUAAGCACUUAUCUGUGUAGAUUUUGUAACCUAAGAGGAGAAACCACAAUUUGUCAUUGUUUCCUUGUCCUGUUACUGGAUCUGGGCUGAGCUCUGUGGUACGGGUGGGAGAUGCAGCUGCCACUCUGGGCUUAAAACCUAGGGUCAAGUAUGGGUUGUGCAUUCUCAACUCAGAUAAUAAGGGCAUUCUGCAAGAAACAAAUAAAACAGAUUUUAUUCUGUAUUGCUAUGUUUUACCCAGAAUCCUGCAAAUUGUGAAGGAACAGAAAGUUCUAUAGGGAUUAGGUCAACCAGAUUAGAAAACUAAGGGAAAAGCU